UCAGGGAGAGCUGCCGCUGAUGGACACAGGCCCUGCGUCCUCCACUGGUUCACUGGGGCCAUGUCAGUGGCAGCCUCUGUGACACAGCCUGCCUCUAUACUGCCUUCUCUAUGGAAGAACCAAGUGGCCUUGGAAGAGGGUAAGAUAAUGUUUCAGACGUGGGCUCUGCAAAUGAAGGGCUUGAGGCUGGGGCCAGUGCCAGCAUCCUCGCGUGUCAGGGUGAGGAUCAUGCUGGUGUUGGUACUGAGUUUCCUGCCGAGCAUGUACUGUGACCUGGCAUCAGUGUAUUACUCUGCCUAUGAAACAGUCAUCCCCAGGAGUCUGACAGUUGAGGGAGAGGAAGAGCCAGGGGGAGAGGCAGCCUAUGUGAUACUUAUGCAGGGCCAGAAGCAGCUGAUACACCUGAAGGUGAAGAGAGACUAUUUUGUGACUAACUUUCCGGUCUUCAGCUACCACAAUGGCAUCGUGAGGCAGGAAGCGCCUUUCAUCUCACACGACUGUCACUAUGAAGGCUACAUAGAAGGAGUCCCGGGGUCCUUUGUUUCUGUCAACACCUGUUCGGGCCUCAGGGGCAUCCUGAUUAAGGAGGCAAAAUCCUACGGCAUCCAGCCCAUCAACUCUUCCAAACGGUUUGAACACGUGUUGUACGCCAUGGCACGUGAAGCUCCAGUGUCCUGCAGUGUCGCCGCCAAAGACAGCCAGGUGGCGUCCAGCAGCCGGCACCACGAGAGCGGGAAGCCUGGCAGUCCACAGGCGCUGGCCUCCUUGUGGUCACACACCAAGUACGUGGAGAUGGUCGUCGUGGUCAACCACCAGCGGUUCCAGAUGUGGGGCAGUAACGUCAGUGAGACGGUCCAGAGAGUGGUGGACAUCAUUGCUCUGGCCAACAGCUUCACGAGGGGAAUAAACACAGAGGUGGUGCUGGCUGGAAUGGAGAUUUGGAGCGAGGGGGACCUCGUAGAGGUGCCAGGGGACCUGCAAGUUACACUCAGGAAUUUCAAUAGCUGGAGACAGGAGACGCUUUUCCGUCGGGUGAAGCAUGACGUUGCCCACAUGAUUGUUGGACAGCAUCCUGAAGAGGGCACAGGACAGGCAUUUCUCAGUGGUGCCUGUUCGAGGGGCUUUGCAGCGGCCGUUGAAUCCUUCCAUCAUGAAGAUGUCCUCCUGUUUGCGGCGCUCAUGGUCCACGAGCUUGGGCACAACUUGGGUAUUCAGCACGACCACUCGGCCUGCGUUUGUGAAGACAGACCCUUUAGCCUCAUGCACGAGACCAUCAGUCAAGAAAGUGGCUUCAGCAACUGCAGCUCUGCCUACUUCUCCCAGUUCCUGAGGGAGCACAAAGGGGCCUGCCUGUUUAACAACCCUCGGCGCAGAGGCCGCUGGCGUCGGGAUUCCUACUGUGGAAAUGGCGUGGUGGAGGACAGUGAGCAGUGUGACUGUGGUUUUGCCUGCCAUGAUGACCCGUGCUGUAACCACAUGUGUCAGCUGCGGGGGGGGGCAGAGUGCAGCGACGGACUCUGCUGUUCUAACUGUCAACUGAGAUACAAAGGAUUCACGUGCCGUCCUGCUGUGGGAGAGUGUGACUUCCCGGAGUACUGUGAUGGUUCCUCUAGCAAAUGCCCCACAGACAGCUACAAGCAAGAUGGCACAUCGUGUGACAGAAUUUACUAUUGUGCUGCGGGUCGCUGUAAGAAUCCUGAUAAUCAAUGCAUGGAUAUAUUUGGGUCCCCUGCAAGGUCUGCCCCGGAAGCCUGUUAUAUUUUAGUAAACAGCAACGGGGACCGAUUUGGAAACUGUGGCCGUCCCACCUCAGCAACGUCAAGAUACUUGAAGUGUUCUGAUGAUAACACAUUGUGUGGGAAAAUUGUAUGCACAGACCUUAAACAGCUACCAUCAAUCAAACCCUAUCAUACACUGAUCCAGAUUCCUUACGAAGAUGACUACUGCUGGAGCAUGGAUGCCUAUAACACUACUGAUGUCCCUGAUGAUGGGGACACGCAACCUGGCACUCUCUGUUCCCCAAAGAAAGUCUGCAUGAAUAGCUCCUGCACUGAUUAUACCAAGCUCAACUAUGACUGCAAACCAGAGGAAAUGUGUAACGGGAAAGGAGUAUGCAACAAUCUAAAGCACUGCCAUUGUGACAAUGGCUAUGCGCCUCCUGACUGCAGAACUCCAGGUAAUGGGGGCAGUGUGGACAGUGGUCCCCCUAGCAAACCACCUGAUGAAAAUCAGAGUGCAGAUGGAAGUGGCCGUCCUGCUAAACAUGACAUUGAAGGACCAUAUUGGAACAUUUUGAUUUUUGUAUUCCCGUCAAUUCUUUUAUUGAUAUUGUUGAUAAUAAUAUUUUUCAUUGCCCUCAGUGCUGGAAUUGAGUCAGUAGAGCCCCCUGGGGGGGAGAGUUCAGAAGAAUCCAUUGCAAAGUCAGAGACUCUCCUACCAAAGGAAUCAGAAAUGGAAUCAGCAGUCACAGAGAGGGCCCCAUCACUGGAGAGAUCUUCAGUACUGCAGCAUGCCCCAUCAGAGGGGUUCCUAUCAACGGUGAGGUCUCUACCACCAGACAAGGCCCCAGCAAAGUCUGAUAUAGAAUCAGUAGCAGGUGAAGGACAGGAACAACCAAAGGAAGAAGAGUAUGGAGGAAGAACCCAAAUAACACCAAAUACCUCAAACACUGAGUGGAAAUGAAAGGCUUAGAGAGGCCAAGGUGAAGUGAGAAUUGAUGGCUCCAGAGGCUCUGACAGGACUAUACAUACAGUCUACAGAAGCAUUAUUUUAGUAAUUUGAUUAUUCAUAUGAAAUCGUACAUAACAUUCUAUAUUUUUGCUUUUUCUCAUUUCAUGAAAUGAUGUAUUUAAGCCUUUCUCAUGGAUCAUUGCUAUCAAUGUCUUGUUUCAUAUAGGCCAAUUUUUGACGUGAAAUUAUUUUUUGGGGCAUACCAUCUUCCAUCUACCUUGUUUGACAUAAUGUAUUAUCUGUACAUAUAUUAUUGUCACUGGAUUAUUCACCCCAGUGACAACAAUGCAUUAAUUUAGGAACAUCAUCUGUUGAGUAAUUUGCCCUAAAAGUUUCUAUUCAUGACAUAGAGGUAAUUUAAAAUAAAUAAAUAAAAGGUUAUUUUCAGAUGAAGCAUCA